UCGAUAUGUAGUUUACUAGAACACAAGAUCAAGUUCAAGAAUUCAAAAUAUCAAAUUGAAGAAGUUUUACAGUUAGGCCGUACGCGUCAAUGGAAUAUAAAGAAAAAGUGACUGUAUCAGGUGAUAUAAAUUAAAAGUCAUGGAACUAAGUGUUUCUAUUAGUAUUAUUUUGAAAAUUAGUAUUCUGUUUAGUUUAAAUUUUACAGUUCAUGGUGGUAUAUGGAACGUUUGGAAUGUUAAUUAUUGGAGAUGUGUUUUGAAAAAAAUUUAUGAAUGUCCAGAUAAUAAUAUCAGAUAUUAUUUAUACACUCCAGAAACUGGUACAAAAAGACUGACUAUAGAUAUAAGGAAUCCGUACGCUUUAAAUUAUUCUGGGUAUGAUUAUCGCAAAAAGAACGCAAUCAUUAUUCACGGAUUUAACGGUACUGAGUCCCGAACACCGAUCACAAUUUUACGUAACGCUUACAUUUCAAGAAAAGACUACAAUGUAUUCACGAUAGACUGGUCGACAAUAACGCCAUUUCCAUGUUAUAUAUCUGCUCUAUCAAAUACGAGGUUAGUCGGACAAUGUGGCGCGAAGUUCUACGCUUACAUCAUGGAAAAUGGAGGCGACGCAAGAAAAACCACUUGCAUCGGACAUUCUUUAGGAGCUCAUAUUUGCGGAAUGAUGAGUAAUCAUUUGGAUAAAAGACAACAUAAAAUUGUUGGUUUGGAUCCCGCUAGGCCCUUAAUUGAUCGUUACGCUAAUAAAUUAUUUAAACUGUCAACGGAAGAUGCUAAUCACGUACAAGUGAUUCACACGAACGCUGGAUUUUUAGGUGAAGUAAAUCAAGUAGGACACGUGGAUUUUUGCGUGAACGGUGGAAGAUUUCAACCGAGUUGUUAUGGAACUAGACUACAACGAGCUAGAUGUAGUCAUUUUCAAAGUGCUUGUUAUUUUGCACAGACUGUAAGAUACGGUAACUCAAUUAUGGGGAGACCUUGUAAAGGGGGGUGUCCAAAGAUGAACUCGAAUUGGGGGUUUUCACCUGGGAAACCAAUACCUAUGGGAGAAGAUACGCCUUUUGGGGUUACUGGGAGUUAUUGCGUGCAAACGAAUACUUUCAAAGAUUGUCCUUAUUUCCAGUAAAAGUGAAAUUCAAUGGCAAUUAUAUUAUGUACAUAUAUUUUCAA